UUUGAUGACAACAAUGAUACGUGACAUCACCUAGGAUCUAUGAUGCAAUGUAAAAUGCAAUCUUCUUGACAUUGUGCUGCAUCAUUUUUAAUAGUUGCUGUUUAGGCGACUCCAAAUUGAAAUGAGUCUUAUUCUUGCCCAGUAGGAACCUUCUGCAACUGACUUUGCUUACAAAUACCAUUUGAUGAUGGCCUCUUGACAUCAUCAUUUGUCUUUGUUUAUGAAGCCUCAGUACGCAGUACGCACCUUAGGCAUGCUCUUGUCUGCUACGAGACUGGCUGUUACUGAAUUACAAUCUGUCAUACUUGUGUCACCAUUUUCUUCUUUGUGUGCACCCAGUCCCAACUACCCUGUUGGCUUCCCAAUCAGUUUCCUUUAGGUAAUCCAGGACUAUGGAUUUUCUAUUUGCACUGUAUGCUGAUGAGCUGUUCUGUUUCAGGAGCUGUGCUGCAAGCAUAUGAAUAUAUUGGCUGGAAAGGACAGGUCAUACUAGGGAAGACUUGUGUAUGGUAGAACCAAAAAUGGUGUCAGACAGUGAGCCAUGUGUCUUUAUCUAUGGUCCAGAGGCCACCAUAGUGAAUAGAAUUAUUCAUUACAUGGCGGGCGCGGGCGCCGAGCGGCAGGAUGUCUCCGACAUGGCCGUCUGCUAUCCGUGGCGCGUCGACAACAAGUACUACACGGCCGACGUGCGUCUGUGCCACGUGCAGCGGAAGGGCCUGCCGGACCAGGCGCUGGCCGACCGCUGCGAGGCCGUCAUCAUCUACUUCAACUCGGACGAGGCGAACGGACUGGACGAGGUCGACUCGAUCCUGACGUUCACCAAGGAGUUUGAGCCGGACGUUUGUAUGCUGGUGUGUGAGACGUGCAGCGAGAACACGCCCGUGUCACGCCUCAGAGCCCAGGAGUGGUGCGUCAGCCACGGCUUCGAGCUGGUCGAGCUCUCCCCCGCUGACGAGGCCGAUCCCGAUGACGACUUCCCCGAGACGACGGGCGUGCAGCGGAUAGUACAGGCGCUGCACGCGCACACCUGGUCCAACCUGGAGAUGAAGGACCACCAGCCUCCAGUGUCCAACAAACUGGUGAACGACGUCACUGCUGAGCGGGUACCAGACAACGGCACCCAGGGCAGCGGGGGCGGGGGCGACGCGGAGACGACGCCGGCGUCCCAGGCGGCCGCCGAGGACGCCGCCACCGCCGCCUCUGUCGACACGCUGGUCACGGAGCUGGCCGGUCUGAUGGGCUCCGGCGGCGGCGGCGACCGGUCCGAGCCCGGCGGCGGCGACCCGUCCGAGCCCGGCGGCGGCGCCGACGACUUUGAGCUGCUGUUCUCCCAGCUGUCAGAGCUGAGGGCGGCCGCCGCGCGCGCACCGCCCCACCAGCGACACGAGAUGGCCGAGCGGGUGGCCAUGGCCUUUCUCCGGUCCAUGGGAGGGGAGGACGGGGAGGACUCGGAAUGAGGACUGCGGGGAGGGGAGGACUCGGAUUGAGGACUGCUGGGAGGGAAGGACUCGGAUUGAGGACUGCUGGGACGGGGAGGACUCGGAUUGAGGACUGCUGGGACGGGGAGGACUCGGAUUGAGAACUGAGGACUGCCGGAGGGACUGGUGACUGGUGAGACGGGGGCCGACCAGGGGCCGCGGGGGGGGGGGGGUGAAUCUGCCUGUUAUCUGUGUUUGGAAUGGAGUCAUGUUAUGUCAGUGAUGGAAACGGUGAGAGGUGACGCUCGUUGGUUGGAUAUUUGUCGUGUUUCGUAAUGGUGCCUAUGGUGCCGCUCAUUGCCCUCGCAAAAUGGGAGGUUUGGCCGUCACUGUGGUGGUCUGAGACCAUAAACAUUAAACAACGUUGGUACGGAAGAACGAAAGUGAGGCGGACCCUCCGCACGUUACAUUUAUGUAUUGUUUGUGACUCGUAGUGGACUGGACGACCACAUUGAAUUCGCCACUGAAUUGUUCCUUCCUCGUAUCGCUGUAAACAUAACUAUAAACUACAGCUUACCGCUAGGUAUCUUACCACGCUUCACGCUACACGAGGGCAUCCUGUUUUUUUAUUUUAUACUUCGUGUCUUCUGCUGGUGCAUUUCAUUUAUUUUUUUCUGCUGCGUUCAACACGCAUCAUGUUCUUUCUCCCUGUGUAGGUAUGUUAAGCCUCGGACUGAUGGUUAUUUGUUUGAUGCUGUAUCGUAUGUUGUGUGAUUAUGAGUUCCAGGAUACUUACGCACCGUAUACCGUGCAUUUACGUGAACUUUGUCGCGUAUACCUGCAACAUGUCGACUAUUUCCGUCGGACCAUACGUUCCACAGGUACACGUUAGCAAUGGGCAUUUUGUCCCGCGGGCUGUGGUAAUACGGUUAGAUGAUACAUAUGUCUGAAAUACACGUGUAUAUCAGUGA